GUAAUAAUGAUACAGCACUGGGCACAAUAGCGGGAAUCCGGAACUGGCACGAGUGGUCUUGGUUUAAUAACGAGACCGAAGCAGGAUGCAUUUAUGCAAGACCUUUACCCAGAAUUGGUCUAUGGAAAGAAUUCACACCCACAAAUAUUCAAAAAAUUAUAAAAAAACGUGUUAUAAAAAAGCCAGAACCUACUAUCACUACACACAGUCAACCAAGCAAAUCUUGGACUAUGCCAGUGCUGGAAAUUCAAGGUUGCAAAGAUUUAUAA